AUGGCCUCCCCUGACCACGAGGUUAGUCCUUCCUUUGUGAUUCUCAUUCCCGGAGAGACAUCCACCAGACAAAGGAACCGGGUCUCUGCCCUUCUGCAGGAGAGGGCCCGAGCCAGGGCCACAUCCUGCUGGAGCUGGGUAUGGGGAGAGGAUCAGAGAGAGAGACAGAACAAUGGCGACGAUCAGCUGGAGCUGGAUGCCUUCGCGGUCCUCAAAGCUGACCCCGGCCAGGUGUUCUGGUCAACUCAGAUUCGACCUCCAGGAUGCUGCAAGUCAGAGGGCAGCCAUUGCUCUCUGCUUUAUCAGGUUGUUUCUGAAUCAACAAACACAGCCAGUGCGUGGGUCUGGGAGGAGGGAAGGCAGGAAGGCAAGAGGAAGGGCCGAGUGGUUAUGUUGGCCCUGACGACUAGUCCAUCCAGGAGCAGGGCCGCAGUCAGGGUCACAGUCAGUGCAGGCCGCUCUCUGGCUCCUGGACUUGGGCACUUCCUUCGACCUGCUGUGGCUGCCACAGGUCGGAGCUCCAGAGGAACAAGGUCCUCGGGUGUUCAGGAGGGAGCCCCUGCAGCCCCUGCUUUGAGCGUUAGUCCUUCGAAGUGCUCAGUGGCCCGGGCCUGGGCAGGCCGUGUCUGUACCCCGCAGGCGCCCACAGACCGAGCCGCUCCUGCCCCGCCAGCUGCUGCUGAUGACACCAUGUUUCUUGGUGUUGUCCCUUCCCCCGACGCUGACCUCACUAGCAUGGCGUCACCUCAGAGCCAUGACGCUGGCAAUUGCUCUGACCUCAUGGAGGAGACCAAGACUUUCUCGUCAACUGAGAGUCUGCGACAACUUUCUCAACAGCUCAAUGGUCUUGUGUCUGAGGUACCGCAGGACUGGGAUCCAGAAAGAAGGUAGAGGGAAAGGAAAGCAUGGCAGAAGCUGAGGCAGGGGUUCUCAGGAGACUGACUCAUGAGAGGAUCCUGUCAGACUCAGAGAAGACAGAUUUGGACCCUGACGGGUGCCGUGGUUUUAUCCCGGUGUAGAAAGUGCGGAUGGCAGCUGUGGAGGGCGGGCCUGAGCCAUGGUGGGAUAAGAACCAUGAGGAGAGCACAAGAUGGUGUGAGAGGAGAGGUCUGAGGGAGGCAGGAAAGCAGAUUCUGCCAGUUGAGGGGGAAGGAAGGAGGCUGAAGGGAUUAGACACUGAAGGUGGCAGAGCAUCUCCAUGUGAGAUAUUGUCUC